AUGGCUCCAAUGUCUUUGACCUUCGUGGGAAAGAAGAAAAUGACCACAUUUGAGGUUGAGAAAAUGAAAGCGAAAAGGAAUGGCCAGAAUGCAAGAAACAAAGCCAGGCAAAUGCGGUGGCUUGGGGGACCAUUGAGGGGACAGAGAGGGCUCAGCCAUGACAAAUGCUACUGGUUUGCCAGAAGAAAUACUGGUUUGGCCCUGGGCUCCUGGAAUUUGAUCCAGAUUGUGUCUUCCAUUCUCAUGAUCCUCCUCCUAACUCCAUCUAUGGUCCUGAUGAACACCAGUGACAGCCAUCUUUUGGAUGGGUCUGUUGGGACCCAAAUCAUCCAUGUCAAUGCCUUCCGAGGUAUGGUUAGCAUCCGGGACAACAAUGUUUUGAGUGAAUGGGAUGGAAUCAUGGACUACAAGAAUGCCCUCCUGGCAGCUAAGCUGUUUAAUAAGAUGGCCUGUGUCCUAGUCAAGAUGAACCAAGCUGCCUUCCCAACUUUGGAUGAAAUUAUCAGGGCUCUGGACCAGCAGGCUUUAAAGCAAUACCCGCCCACCCGUGGCCUGACCUACACUGUUUUACCCAGCCGGGUCAAGAACGUAGCCCAGUAUGGAAUGCCCAUCAAGGACCUGUGCAGAGCAGUCCCCACCUACUUUGCCCAGCAACGAAAAGAAGGUGUGGCACUGGCAAUUGACCCUGAGUCCUGUUUUGAACUCCAACUUCUGUCCUUUAUGGGGCUCGCCAUCUGUGGUGAGAUUCCUGGGCUCUGAACCUCCAGGCUGGCCACUUGGAGAGUGGACGCUUGGACUAGGCUGCCAGCCUGGAGCCAGGGCUCAAGGUCCCAGCCCUAGUCUGUCUACAGGACACUGGUCAUUUAGUCCUCCACCUUCUGCCUUUUGACCAAUGCCCAGCUUUGUAAUCAUGAAAGUAGGGUGCAUUUCUCCCUCUGGGUUAGAACAAUAAAGCUUCCUCUUGCCUCACUGAUGAGCAGAUGGUUACACUGGGCCCUCCCUACCU